AUGUCGGCCAAAAACCUCAAAAAAUUGGAGAAACCAAUGAUAGACGCUAAAACGGAACUUGUCGAUGUGAAAAAUCAAAAGUUUCUUGUCGGGACUCAGUUUGUCAAAAGAAGCUCUGGGACAAUAAAUUACUGCACUCAGGUUUGAUUAUAAUGUUUAUUGAAAUCAUCGUUAAUUUCUUCUUUUUUUGUUAGGAAGGUUACAAUUUCUGUUUUACAGGUGGAUUCUGGAAAAGAGUUUGUCGUGAAAUUCGAGUCGUCGGAAAAUGGGCCGCUCUUUUCUGAAGUCAACGUCUAUCAGAGAAUUUUGAGGCCCGAGCAUUUGGACAAGUACAAGGCUGAUAAGGGUUGGAUUUUUUUGAAGAAGAAGAUUUUUUUGGGGUUGAGAAAUUUUUCUCUUAAGUUAUCCAAAAUUGAUGAUUUUAUGAGGAAGAUGUUGGUUAAAAAGUUAAAUUUUUUAAAAUGUCAAAAAAAAACGACGAAACUUUUCGUGCUCCUCUCUAAAAUCAACGAUUUUGCAGAUCUGACUUGGUUGGCCCUCCCACAAGUGAUAACUAACGGCGUUUUUCAAUACAAGAAGGAAACUGAGAGGAAACGAUUUCUGAUUAUCCCCAAAUACCUCAUCUCGCUCGAUAAAAUCGUGGAAGCGGGAAGAAUUGCCUCAAAAGACGUUUUGGAUGCCACGAAAAGCAUAAUCAACGCUUUGGAGUACCUUCAUGGCCAGGUUUGUCCUUUUCCGAUUUAUUUUUUUAUUCUAAUCUAUUUUUAAUUCAUAGAAAUCAACUAAGUCAAUAAAGAUUAAACAAAUUUUUCAUGUAAAAUCAACUUUUUAAUUGAAAUCGAAACAAUUUUUCGUCAAAAAAAUUUUUGUGAAUUGAUAUAGUAGUUCAGAAAUUGAGGGCGAUCGAAAUUUCAGACUUGAAAAAAAAUUCAAAAUAAUUAUUUUUAUAGCUAAACCUUUCCAAGUAUGAGGUUAGACUAGGUUUCUGUUUCGGGAAGAUUUUUUAUUUGGAUGAUUUGAAGUCAGGUAAUAUUUUUUUAUAUGUAUAAUAAUUAUCAGUAAUCUUCGAAGUGGGAAAAUGAAAAAAACCUUCUCAGUGAGCCCCCCUACACCAUUCUAGAAUGGUACUGGUGGGGGGCUCGUUCGGACAAGGGGGGGCGAAUUUGAGGCGGCUUAAAUCAGUCGUUAAGCAUUAACAGACUCAAAUGAUGAAAUAUCCUUGAAAAUUCCGAUUUUUCAGGGGUACACCCACUCCAACAUCAAGCCGUCCAACAUCAUGCUCACUGUUUUCAAAGACUAUUCCACUAUCGUUUUAAUCGACUACAGUCUUUCCCGCAAGACGAAACCCAACGAAGACAAGCCAAGUCCUUCGCGAGGUUUUCGAAAUUUCAAAAAAAAAUAAAGGGAAAAAGGAUUUUCCAGUUUUGAGCGGGGUUUUCGACUCGACUGACUGUCACAACGGCUAUUUUCCGUCUUUUCGCGGCGAUUUGGAAAUGUUGGCUUAUAAUUUGAUAUUCUGGUCGACUGGAACCUUGCCCUGGAUGGUUUGAUUUCUGAAAAAGAAAAAUUAAGAGAAAAAAAUCCUUAUUUUCCAAACUACCUAGAUGAUUUUUGGAUUAUGUAGGAUGUAAAUCUCUCCUACCGUAGCUAGGUUACGGUAGGCAGGUGCGUCUUUCCGUAUCUGAGAAACUAUGCUUUCGUUCUAGGCGUAUUGUAUAUCAAUCGAUAGGGAAUGCAAUUUUAGGAACUUUUUCAGUACAUACCAUCAUCGGUUACUGUAGAAAUUUUUUGAGUUACGGUGAUUUUUGUGAAUUUUUCAAGUUUUUUGGAAAAAAAUCAAAGUGAAAAAUUUCUUAAUUUUUUGUAAAAAUGUCGUUUUUCUUUCAAUUUUACUUGAAAGGUAUCUUUUGGCAUAACAGGGAAGAGAAGAAGAAACAUUAUUUCCCUUGUUUUUUCUGCAUUUUUCCAUUUUUUAUCUGAUCAUCAAUAAAUAAAAUUUCUUAAUUCCUAGUAAAAUAGAUCUUUUUUAAAGUCACUUGUGAUAAUUGGUACCUUUUGGCGUUUUUUUGGAUAAAAAAAGAAAAAGAAAAAAAUAUUUUUUUCUACUUCAUACUAGAUUUUUCCAUUUUUUUCAGGCCAAUCAAGAAGAGCCGGAAAAAAAUUCGGGAAGCCAAGGAGAAGCUCCUCCAAUCACCUGAUUCCAUUGACGAAGUUCUCGAUGUAAUUCUAAUUUUUUUAAAAAAAUAUAAAAAAAGUUAAAUUUUUUUCAGGAUCCUCAAUGUGCUCAUUUAGUCAAAACGCUCUUGGAAGCCAGCACCCAAAUUUCCUAUAAAGUGCGGCCGAAUUAUCCAGAACUCAAGGAGGCGAGAAUAUGAACAAAAAAUAAAGAAUUUGAAAUUAUUUAGGCCCUUUUUGGCGAAGAUCCGGUUAAUUUUGAUCUCGAUGGGCUUGAAAAGAAGGAAGGGACCAAAAAAGGAGCCCGUCAACCGAAAAUCGCCGUUUCUGGUGAUUUCGAAAAGGACUUUUAUUCGUGACUUUUCAGAAGUAACUCCAGAGUGGUCCCUAAAGGGGCAAUUUCAGUGGCCCUUGGGAAGUCACCUCUAAUGACCCUAAAGCUUGCAACAGGGGUCCCUAUAGGGGCAACCUUCAAGGCCUGUAAUGGUUCCCCUUUAGAGAAUACUUCAUCUCCCUCUUCCCCUGUAGGGACCCUAAAGCUUGCCAAAGUGUUCCCCAUAGAGGUUUUAAAUAGUGGUCCCUAUAGUGGAAGUUUCUAUGAACUUUGAGCCAAGAAGCGUUUCCGUGGGGAAAACUGGAUAAAUAGCGUUUUUUUAAUGAAUUUGGAAAACCCCUUCAGAGUCCACUUGAGAUUUAAGAACUAAGGGGUCAGACCUUAAACCCCUAUAGGGACCAUCUUAGUUUUAUCCCUAUAGGGAACACUUGUCGGCCCCUAUGAAUGUUGUUUCCUCCACUAGCCCCUAUAGGGACCACUCUGAAACUCCUGAGAGCGCCAUUUUUCUUGACGACAGUUUCCUUUCUUUUUUUUGGCUUUUUUCAAAAAGAGAUGGUUUUUCGAAAAGAGAUGGCAGAUCUUCCAAAUUUCGGAAAAGAAAGUAGAAUAAUUUAGCAAAAUGCGUGCUCUCACACUCAUUUCUGACAUUUUGUUCCGUCCUUUUGAGUAAAAAUGCUCCGAAAUCCCAAAAACGGUAAACUAGACCCUACAGAAAAAACUGCGUUUUCUAAUUUUAUCAGGAAACGGAAAAUGUUUCAAAAUGACUCAAAUAGUAAUAAUUUUUGUUUUGAAGCAGUUUUGCUGCGUUUCGGAACAAGUUUUAUUUAAAGUUUAUAGCAAGCUUUACUUUGGGUUUUUUUUGAGUAAAUUAAUUUUUUUGAAGAUGCUGAAGACGAUGGGCAUCCGGCUUUGAAAGUUAGAGGUGCCAAAAAGGCGGCUGAAAACUUUACGGACCAAUUCGAUGGUUUUUUUUCUUGAUAGGCACCGGAAAAUGUUGAAAAAUUGCAGAUGAUGAACCUUCUUCGAAGAAAAAAGCGGCGCCGAAACGGGCGGCGAGAAAAAUAGCUGUAGAGGCUCAAGAAGACAGUGGUGGGCUUGAGAGAAAAGAAAAAAAAGUGAAUCGUGAAAAUUAGAAGGAUCCGAUGGAACUCCGGCGAAAAAGGCGAAAGGAACUAAAAAAGUCGAAAAAGAGCCGAAGAAAAAGGCGCCUGCCAAGGGAUCGAAAAAAAUCGGGGCUGAUCCGAAUUUGGAGGCUGAAGACGUUGCUAAAGUGGCCACUCCUGCGAGAGAUGGUGAGUUUGAUUGGAAAAAAAAAUAUUUAAAAGGGAGCUGAAUAGUUGAGGGAGUUUUAGGAUUAGGAAAAUUUUGAGAAAAUGGAAAAUUAACGGAGUAAAAAAAAAUUUUUGAAGAGCUAGAAUUUUUUUUUCAUAGUCUUUUAUCAUUAGAAUGAGACCUAAGUUUUUAAGGAAAUUUUUUGAACGCAAAAAUUUAGUUCCAUUACGUAUGAAUUGACCAAACACCAUUUCGGAACAGAUUUUUCCGAAAAAUUUUAUUUUCUCGCCAUUUUGAGAGAUGUUGAGAAAUUACUGGCCGUAAAGGUAUAUGAGCUAUAAAAAUGGUGUGAGAGGGGUAUACGGUAUCUUGUAAAACCUUUUUUUUUUGCGUUUUGGCGGGAAAACAAACUUUUUUUUUCUCUUACCUGGUUAAAUUCAAAAAAAUUUGAAAACUAGUUGAAAACUCUCUUUACAUCUUUUUCGACUUAUGACCCCCACUUACUGGUAGGCGGGGGAGCUAUUUCCUACAGCAGGGGGAGGGGGCAUUCUGGAAUCAUCCUAAAUUUUCAAGUAUACCUUUCGACAGGCAACAAAAAUCUCUACAAAAUAACGAAUUUCUCUCAAAUUUCACUGUUCACGUUGUUCACUGCCUACAAACACCUACGAAAAAGUUCAAUUUCGUUGAUUUUCAGAGGACGAGCCUAAAAAGAAAGGAAGAGCCGCCAAAAAAGCCGCCCCAGAGUCUUCAGCUCAAACAGAUGAACCCAUGGAAACUGAGCCGCCGGCGAAGAAAAAAGCCGCGGCGAAAGGACCAAAAAAGGCUAUAUCUGAGCCUUCAGAAAUAGCGUCGGUGGUCACGCCGUCUAAAGAUGGUGAGGGACCAAGAAAAAUUUAAUAUUUAUAUUUCAGAAGUCCAUUUGUAAUAGAAAAGUUACUACCAGAGUUCUCUCACUUUUUCCCAUUUUUCGUGACUUUUGUAUUAAAUGAAGUAAUUGGCUGAACUUGACUGAAAGUGUUGGUUUGAAACAGAAAACUCAAAAGUAUAGUCUGUUCAGAUUUUGAAUGUCAAGUAGAAUGACGUCAUUCGAAAACGCCUCUCUGAUUGGUUUAUUGCGCCAUUAGGGGGCGGAGCUUCAGCGAGGACUUGACAUUUGAAAUCUGAACAGACUAUAGUUCAAAUUUGGACUAGUUUUUGCUCUAAAAUUUUUUAAAUUUGUCAAUUUUUUCAUUUUUCUGGCUUUUUAGAAGGCUAAUACUUUCAAAAAAAAUCUUCAAACUAGCAUGUUAAUAAUGAAAUACUUUAGAAGAAGCAGCUGGAGAACCAAAAAAAGGCCGAAAAGCUAAAAAAGACGACUCCGAGCCACCGAAAAAGAAAGCGCCGGUCAGAGGGACCAAGAAAAUUAUCGCUGAUCAAGGAUCUGGAGACGAAGCGGAAGAAGAGCCGAAGCCGAAGAAAGCGGCAGCAAAAGGCCCCAGAAAACCUGCUCCAGCUCCUGAACCUGAAGAAGCUCCUGAAGACAUUGCGCCUGAAGAACAGUCGAAGAAAAAGCCUGCAGCUAGAGGUGCCAAGAAAGCGACUCCUCCAGCUCUGGAGCCUGAAGAAGCUCCUGAAGACGUUGCGCCUGAAGAAGAGCCGAAGAAAAAGCCAGCAGCUAAAGGCGCCAAGAAAGCGGCUGCUCCAGCUCCGGAGCCUGAAGAAGCUCCUGAAGACGUUGCGCCUGAAGAAGCUCCGGAAGACGUUGCGCCUGAAGAAGAGCCGAAGAAGAAGCCUGCAGCUAGAGGCGUCAAGAAAGCGGCUGCUCCAGCUCUUGAACCUGAAGUUGAUGCUCCAUUGGCCGGAGAGGAUCCUAAGCCCAGAAAAACGGCCCCCAAAGGUCCCAAGAAAGCUGCCCCAGAACCUGAACCUGAAGAAGAGCCGAGGCAAAAGAAGACCGGGGCUAGAAAUGCCAAAAAGACGUCUCCAGAAUCUGAUUAUGCUUCUGAAAAUGGUGAUUCUGAAGCUGAAGAAGUGCCGAUCAAGAAGACAACGACAGCCAGAAUUGCCAGAAAGACUCCUCCAGAAUCUGAUGACGCUUCUCAAGAUGAUUCUGAAGUCGAAGAAGAACAGAAACCGAAGAAACCUGCGGUUAGAGGGGCUAAGAAACAGGUCGAAGCUGCCAAUCUUGGUUAGUUUCAUCAUGGGUUCCUCUUGAAACUACCGAAAUAAUGAAUAAAUCAUUUUUUCGGUCUUCAAAAGGACGAGGGGAUAAGUCAAGCGAUUUUAAAGUCUUCAGCUAUUUUUUAGAAUAUUUUCUUGAAAACCAAUUUUUUGUAAGCUAUAUAGUCCGUUUUUGGACUUUUCUGCGCUCUCCUCGUCUCUCGGCGACCCUCUCAUUUUGAAGUGCUAUUUUCACGUAUCUCUGACCUCCCCGGCAAGGGAACAGAGAGACGCAGACACUCAAGGUGCGAGAGAAGCUUGAUAGAAAGGUGGUGUUUUCUCUGGCGUCUCUUCAGAAGACACUACUCUCUCGCUUCUGUUUUUGUAACUUAAAAGGUCAUAACAGGCCUUGAGAGACGCUAGAAAAAGAGAUGAAUCUAGCUUCUCCGGCCUGAAGAGACGACAGAGAAAGAAAGUUUUCUAACUUCUCUGGCGUCUCUUCAGUAACUCUCUUCAUCUCUCUUUCAGUCAUUCAGAGAGAGAACGGCUAGCUCGAGUCUUUAAAAAUGGGUCCUGACACGAUAAGCAAAGAGAUAGUGCCUGGUGGGAGGAGAGCGCAGACAGGCCACGCCCCUUUGCCUCUCAAGAUGGCUAUGAAUCUGCUGUAUACUAUAGCUGAUUCAUAGAUUCAUAUCAUUAUCUCUAGUUCGAAGAAGUUGAAAUUCAAGUAAAAAAUCUUGAAAAAAAGGUAACAUUAGAAAAAAAAAAACAGUGGUAGAUGUGAAAAAUAUAAGAUUUUUACAGUUCAAGAUCGAUUAUUCAUAAGUUGCGACAUCUUUUUUUCAGUCGAAGAGCCGCCGAAGAACAAAAAAGGCACCAAGAAGAACGAAGCUCAACAAGAAGAGCCUGAAGCUGCCAAGCCCGCGAAAAAGCCGAGAGGAGUGAAAAAGGAAGCUCCAGAAGUCGAAGAAACCGCCCCGAAACGGAAAAACGCCAAGGCUUCUGAAGAAGUUGCGGAAGCGCCGAAAACUGUUCGCGGAAGGAAGGUUCCCGUCAAAUCGGACAAGGAGAAGGAGAACGAGCCCGUCGAGGAGAGACAAGGUCUACCGUUUUUGAGCCUAGGGAUUUGUAGUAAUCAAUAAAUGAUUCCUCUUUUCUUUUUUUAAAAGUUUUUUUAUCGAUUUUUCUGCUUUUUAGCUCUUGUCGAAGUUCAUACAGCUCUUUGAUUUUUAAACCUCAAAAGCUCCUUUUUAUUAAUCAUUUUCGUCUUUUUUUACCACUUAGAAAAAGACUCUUAUCAAAAUGUUUGUAAGGGAUUUCCGCGAAAAUCCUAAUCAUCUCUGUACUCUUCAAAAUUUAGUUGUCUUUUUCUUUCUCUGACGGUUAUUUUGAUUUUCGCCGAAUCACUUUCAACGAAAGUGCGCUCUAACGAGAAUUUUCUUUGAUCAGCUUGUCUCCUUGAUUUUUUAAAGAAUUCAUAGCUGGAUUUGGAUCCCAAAGCUGCUGAAAAUGUGACAGAGAUUAAAAAUGAAAGGAAAAAAAGUAGUUUGAGAAGCGUUUUUGAAAGAAAUUUAACGGUUUUUGAACAUUUUCUUUGAUUGUUUUCCUCUAAACGAUAGUUUUUUUUGAAUAUUGUUCUCGAAACGAUACGAAAAAAGUGGGAAAUGGUUAUUUUAAACUGAUUUAUUCCCCUCUAAACAGUACUGGCACACAGCCAAGAUUAAAUGUAUAAUAUAUUGGAACUUGUGUGAAUUAUUAAAGCUUCAAAAUUAGAAUUAUCAAUUUAAAAAAAUAUUAAUUUAUCAUAUUUCCCAAUUUCAGAAGCUCCGAAAAAGACCAGAGCCCCGAAGAAAAAAGGUCAGCCGAUGGUCGAAGAAGCUGACGAGCAGAUGCUUGGUUUCACCUCGAAAAUUUAUGGGAAUAUCAUAAAUUUGAAAUUUUCAGAAGCUCCUAGGAGAGCCGCCUCGGAAACCACGACCAACCGAACGUUCACUAUUGGCCCGGCUUCGGAUGAUUUUCCGGAUUUCGCGGGUUUUUGAUUUUUUGAAUAAGCUACAGUUUGACGAGUUUCUGCGCUCCAUGGAUGAUCGCGAAUCAGUUUUAUCUAGCCUUUUUUCGAAUUUUAGCUGUCUUUUCCCUGUUUUUUGAAGAAAUAUCCAUUUUAGAACAAUCUUCAUUUUUCUUGUACACUUUAUUCGCAACUGCUUAAAACUUGCUGGCCGCAUUUGGAAUGGCUCGGAUGCGUCCCGGUUUUCUUCUCUUUGAGCGACGCAAUUUUUUAGAUUUUUUAUUGAAAAAGCGUAAGCCGUUUUAAGUCGGGGGCAGCUUGUUACCGUAACGCGACCGCGGCGCUUUGAGACAUUCCAAGUGCGGCUAGAUUGUUUCGAGCCAGCGAAAAUAACUAAUAUUGAAAGUUUCAAAAAAGGACAGUUUUCACUUUUUGUCCGUGGAGCGCAAAUUAUUAUCUUUUUGAGGAUUUUUCUGUUUCUUUUUCUCUUUAUUCAUUUAUUUUUUUGUCUAGGUUCUCCUGCCACCUUCCUCUUCACAUCAACUUCAAAAAGAGCCACUCCUUCUACUAACCCAGAAAAUUCCACAUUCAUUAUCUCUCAAGCCGAUGCCACCUUCACCGUUUCGUCGAAUCGAAACAGUCCUUUUGAAGAUCAGGAAAAUGAGCCGAUUGGAGGAAACGUAAAAAACUCUGGUCGCGUCAGGGCUGGGAAGAAAGGUCCGGAGAUGGGAAUUUUAAAAAAAAUCGGGAAAAAAGGCAUAUAAAAAAAUUUGAGCAGAUUGAUAUUUUGAAAAUCAAUAUAUGAGUAUCCAAAUAAUCAUAAAAAGCUUAUUGGACUAAAUUUCUGAAACCAACAUUUUUUUUUGAAAAAGAACAGGGAUGCUUGAAAGUCCAGCUUUAAAGAUGAUUUCGGUGGGAAUAUCUCCAAAGUACAGUAAUCCAUUUCGUGCGUUUUUAUUUGAACCUAUAAAAAAAGUGCUUUUUAAAAAAAUGUCGGGCUGACGCGGAAAUAUUUUUUUAUAUUCAUAAAAAAACAGCUUACGAAGUUCAAAUACUCAUUUUUGUUGCAAUAGUAGAAAUAAAAUAAUAUUCGACUGAUAUAAAAAUAAGGUCGCAUUUGGAAUGACUUGUGUUGCUUUAAAAUUACUCAUUAUAGUGAUUUUUGAGACCUUGUAGGUUGAUUUGAAGCAUUUUGAUGCCGUCAGGCGAAAGUCGGUUGAAGUCUGGCGGCUUUAAAAAAAAAAUUAUCAUAUCCGCUGUUUUUUGAGCCAUUCCAAGUGCGACCAUGACUUUCAACAAAAAUUGACAAUCAAUCCCAAAGUUUGAGUUAUAUACUUUCAAAUUUUUUCUAGACGCUCCUGAAAAUCCCAUCAAAAAACCAGCAGUUCGAGCCGGCGCAGUCAGGAAACGAGUCUUGGGAGCGGAUCCAGUGGAAACCGGACCGGAAAAUGCCGUUUUCCAACCGAAAACGAUGAAUGGCGCCGUUCAACGGACGGUGGCUGCGGCCAAGGUUUCAAAAUCCGGAGAACUCGGCAGAAAAUUUGGAUUUCCAGAAAAUCGGCAACAAGUACAGACGUCUCUCGCAGGGCCGAACAACUGCCGACGGUCUUGCAGGUUGGAAUUUUGGUUUUUGGAGAAAAAAAAAGGUUGCAGGCAAUGCAAAAAAUGACAAGAAGUUGGAAAGGAGAAAAUUAGUUGAUUUUUUGGGUCAAAAGACCCAUAGAAGAAUUCCAUAAAGGUCUUGAAAAAUUGAGACGUUCCAGGGUUACUAAAGAGUUUCAGAGGCUUAGAGGCUUAUUUCGCGUCCUUUCUAAGAAAAUUUUAGGGACCCCAGAACUUCCUUUAAACCCUUUUUAAAGGUUCCAUGCCCCUAUAGGGAAUAUUUUUUUUUAAUUUGUUAAAGGGAUGUUAUUUGGAAGAGUAAGGGACGAAUAUGCUGAAGGGAAAUUCAGUUAAAGUUUGGUCCUACCCCCACAGGGGCCCCUUUUUAAUUUAACCCCUGUAAGGGCCCCUAAACCAGUUUUUUUCGGGGGUUGAGCUGGGGGCACAGCCCGGGGCUACAUGGGACCACAUUUGUCCCCCUAAACUUUUCUUAGUUUACUGUCUGUUCAGCUCAAGCUCCGCCCCUAUUGGCGCGACAAACCAAUCAGAGAGCGAGUCAUCCAGAGAGCUUUUUCGAAUGACGUCGUUGCUCUUGACCUUUUGAAUAUGAAGAGACUAUAGAAAGAGAAUUUCUUUUUUUGACCAGAAUUCAGGAGUUUAAUUCAUGAAUUUAUGAUUUAAUUUAUGAGUCCGAUCCCAGAAGCCGUUCCCGGACUGAAGCUGAAGAAAGGCCGUCGCUCGGCGAUCCUCCGCGUCGUUCCACGACGGGCCAACAGCCGACUCGACCAUGAGGACGAAGAUUCCCAAGGAAAUCCCCCAUCACCCCCUAAUCAACCAUUUUUCUCACACUAA